AUGGUAUGCGAGGUUGCUCCACCCUCCAGUGAGCAGCAUGCGCAGGGGGAGUGGUCGGAGCGAAACUGGACAGCGGACUUGGAAACAGACGACCACCUUAAUGGAGAGAAGCAGCUCCCAAGCCAGGAUGUACAGUGUCUGGCUUACAAAGAUAUCAAGAGUUCUGAAUAUAUACAUGCUGCUCCCAGUAACACAAGAGAGGACACACCCACAUCUAAAGCGGCAGAAGUUUCACUGACUGCAGACAAGAGAGGAGAAGUGAGCAAAGAAAGCAUAGACAUCAACAGUAACGCUACAGCAAGUGCAGACACAGAUACUUCUGCUGGAGCAGAGGUUGUCACUGGCAUUUUAACACACAGCACUGAGCUGCAAUCAGAUGCCACAGAGACUGAACACAAUAGGGCUCCGCAGAGUAGUGAGUGGGUGGAUACAAUUACUCAGAGCACAGACAGAAAGAGGACGGUGCAAGAACAGGUGGCAGUCGAGCUGUCAACCUCGAGUGCAGACACACACCGUCCUGAUACCGAACCUGCAGAGACGCUCUCAGAGAGACACGAGCAUCUGGCAGAAUCCCAGCUUGACCUGAAUCAGAGGUCCCUGACGGCUUCGAAGGCCAACACAGCAGCUUCAGAAAGUCAGCAAACAAAAGCCGACCAGGAAUCAGGUGACAAAAUGAAUUCAGGCUACAGCAGCCUGAGCACCAAACUGACCGUAAAGAGCUUGUCUCCCCCUAAAGAGGAUGAGUCCAAGCGUUUCUAUAAAGUAUCUCUGAUCACUCAGGAUGACAGCCUCAGCCAGGAUACAGUAGACUCAAGCAACACAAGCACCACUGAGACUGAGUCAAAUGGAACAGAUCUCGGCUCAAAGUACAGAUGGAGAAAUAGAUUUGAGGGUGUUUCUCAAUAUAAACCACAAAAAACAGAGGAUUCCUCUUUUUCUGACUCUCUGAGUUACAGAAUGUCUGACUCCAGUACCUCUUUCUUGUCCACCUCCUCUGCUCUACCUGAGGCUACAGCAUACAGGCAUCUCAGCAACACAUUCACCUCCUCCUCCUCCUCCCCCUCUCUAGAAGAACACUUUACCCUUGGCAACAAGUUAAGUGACAGGACAGACGUUUAUGUGAGCCAUGAGAGCGAUCCAGCGGAAGAGCCAAAAUAUGAGUGGAGGAGGAGCUCGGUGGAGCAGGAGGAGCCUGCUGCACCUGCAGGUGAAAGAGAGCGACAGAGAGAGGGAGAGGCAGAGUCAGAGAGGGUAAAGUCACGCUGGGACUCACAUCAGCUCCCUGUGUCCAGCUUCUCCUCUGCACUUCAAACCAGCCACACCGACAGUUUCAAAGAAGACAGCGACGAGUUCUCUCAGUUUACUGGAUUGUUCAAGGCCACGCUUGUGGAGCUGGUCUCCGACCCUGCAGCUCCUCCCUCCACUCCCCCUGCCUCCCCCGACGCAGACUCUCCCAACCAGUUUGACAUGGACAACCUGAUGGACACCCUGAAGAGCAUGGGACCUUCCAUGAGGCCCCGGAACAUGGGCCCACGUGCACCUCCUCCGGUCCUUGUUUCCUCCUUGCCUCCCAUUGACGAGGAUGCUCCCGGCUCCGCCAACACUGACAGCCCUGCUCCCCUCACCAGUCCCGAAAAAAAGGUGGAAACAACAGUCACCCCUGCUGAGUCCCCUAAUGGAAUUUGCACUCUGCCUGCAGACCUGGGACUGAAGAGGAGCUCCCAGAGAGACACUCGUUCACCACUGGAACUGAUGAAGCAAAACCACCAGGACCAGCAGCUGCAGCCUGGAAGAAGCCUGAACUUGCCUCUGAGAGCAUCUGCUGCCAACAGUAUUGUAAUGAGAAAAUCCUCUGACUCUGAGGACUUCCCGGUGCUUAAUGGAAACGGAGUACUUCCGUCUUCCAACACAAGCUCUCGCCUAGACAACAGUGUCAUCUUUGGAAGCUACAGGUCAUCAUCCAUAGAUCAGACAGUGGAAAAUGGAAAGGCCCAUCGCCCGCUCUUCCGCACCGGCUCGCUACCAGAAUCAGAGCUCGGUGAACUCGGCACAGGGAGAGACCAAGUGGGGACUCGCUUUGAGCGUUUCUCCUUCCUUUUGAAUUCUUCAUCCUCCUCCUCAGGCUCCUUGACCGGAGCUGAUGACCCCAACGCUCGUAUUAGUCGGCCUCCACCACUUGGCAUCAGUUCACCACCCUCCAGCAACAGUCCCACCCGCCUCCUCAGCCCCACCGGCUCCAUAGACCUUCACAGGCCGUUCACCACCACAGACUCCCCCUUAUCGUUGUUUGGCCAGACACAGGGGAUGGGGAUGGGUAUAGGUACUGGAACACUGGGCUCUCCCAUCCUGCAGCGGAGCUUCAGUGGUGAGGGAACUGUGGGGGUCCAGCAGACUUCAUUGUUCAACAAUGUUCAUGGAGGGUCUCAGUUCCAGAGCAGAGCACCUGAGCCUGACAGGAAUUUAGUGUCGAAAUACAGAGCCUUCCCUGACGCUUACCUCACUAAAGAGAAGGAGCAUGGGAAGCUUAACCCUCGUCCUGGAAAGAUGUAUAUUUUUGACCGACCAGGGAUGUGCGGCCAGAGGAUCGAGGUGCGCAGUGAUGUCAUCGAUGCAACGCCCUGGGAGCUGCAGGAGACCAUCUCCAUCAGGGUCAUCAGAGGAGGAUGGGUGCUGUAUGAGAAACCCAAUUUCAAAGGGGAGAAAAUUGCCCUGGAUGAGGGAGACAUAGAGCUCACCAACCCCUUCAGCCCUCUAGAGGAGAAGCUGCAGAAUGGACCACAGGAGGGUGAACAGCAGAAUGGAGAAACAAGUGGUGAGCAGACAGAGACCAAGCCAGAGAGGAGGUUCAUCAUUGGAUCUAUACGAAGAGCUGUCAGGGACUACAGUGUCCCAGAAAUCAGUCUUUUCCCAGAAGAAAACGCUGAGGGGAAGAAGGUCGUCUUCAGAGACACUUCUGAUGAUGCCAGGAUUUUUGGCUUCCCCAUUAAGGCCAACUCUGUCAUCAUCAAUGCUGGGCUAUGGCUUGUGUACGCACAGCCCUUCUUCCAGGGUGUGCCACGUGUCCUGGAGGUCGGGGGAUACACCAACCCUGCAGCGUGGGGAGUUGAACAGCCCUAUGUGGGAUCAUUGCAUCCACUCAAAAUAGGUGAACCAAGAGUGGAAAAUAUGAGUGAACCAAAGAUGGUGAUCUACGACAAGCCAUACUUCAGUGGUAAAUCGAGGACCAUAACCACUAACAUGAGAGACUUCAUGACCCGAACAGACAGGCAGCAGACUGUCUUUAUGCACAAUAUUGGCUCGCUUAAAGUACUGGGAGGAAUCUGGGUUGGCUACGAGAAGGAGGGCUUCCGAGGACACCAGUACCUGCUGGAGGAGGGCGAGUACCAUGACUGGAGGGUGUGGGGAGGCUGUGAUGCUGAACUGCGCUCUGUUAGGGUGAUACGAGCAGACCUUACUGACCCCUUGAUGGUGAUGUUUGAACAGCCGGAAGAAGAGCAGGAGGGCAUGCCUGAGGAGAACACCUUCGAGGUGACGGAGGCCAUUCCUGAUGUUGAGCUGUUUGGAUACAAAACCUCCACACGCUCCAUCCAAGUACUCAGUGGGGCAUGGAUAGCCUACUCUCAUGUGGACUUCUCUGGGAACCAGUUCAUCUUAGAGAAAGGUUUCUACAAUAACUGCGCUGAUUGGGGCUCUCAGGAUAAUCGCAUCUGCUCAGUGCAGCCCAUCUUACUGGCUCCAACUGACAACUCAAUGAGCAGGAAUGAGAUAAUACUAUACUCUGAACCAGAUUUUCAGGGAGAAUGUCACAUCUUUGACCGCAACCAGGAAGCAGUGUCGGGAAAAUUACCAACGAAGUCCUGCCGAGUGGUGGGGGGAAACUGGGUGCUCUACGAGAAUGAGCAGUACUCUGGGAACUUGUAUGUCUUAUCUGAAGGAGACUACCCCAAUUUAACCAGCAUGGGAUGCCCCCCCGGAUACACUGUCCGUUCUGCCAAGGUCGUGCCAAUGACCUUCUCGGUUCCCUCCAUCUCUCUUUUUGGCCUUGAGUGUCUGGAGGGCAGAGAGAUCACCACAGAGACAGAGAUCUUCAGCCUGGCUGAAGAGGGCUUCAACAACCACAUCCUGUCUCUCAGAGUCAACAGUGGCUGUUGGGUAAUAUGCGAACACAGCAACUACAGGGGGCGCCAGUUCCUGCUGGAACCAAUUGAAAUCACCAACUGGCCAAAGUUUAGCUCACUACACAGUAUUGGCUCAAUGUAUCCAGUCAGACAGAAACGCCACUUUUUCCGCAUCAAGAACAAAGAGAGAGGCCUUUUCGUGUCCAUCCAGGGCGGUGUGGAGGAGAUGAAGUCAGGACGAGUGGUGGUGACAGAAGAGGUGGAGCCCAUGAGUGACCUCUGGUUCUAUCAGGACGGCUUCAUCAAGAACAAGUUGUCCCAAACCAUGAGUCUUCAGGUGAUGGGCAACAUUGAGCCGGCAGCCAAGGUAGUUUUGUGGACAGAGACCCGGCAGCCUAUGCAGACCUGGACAGCCCACAUGACAGGCCUCAUCUCCAGCCUUACUUUCCCUGGCAUGGUCCUAGAUGUCAAAGGUGGCAAAAGUUAUGACAAGGACCAUGUGGUGAUAAUGCCGGAGAAUGAGGAGAGGCCAAGCCAACAGUGGGAGAUAGAGUUGCUAUAAAAAACCUCAUGUUCUACUUUACUCAGCUUCUCAAAGCAGUGCAUCAACAGUGCUUUCCCUUCACAUUCUGGGAGCCAGCUGCUGUCACUGCCUUAUGAUGUGGUUUAUUUCAGUGCCUGUAUUUUCUUUUUCUUUUUUUUUUCUGAUCUCCAUGAUCCAUAAACUGGUAUAAACACACAGUGCUACAGUGAGAAAUACGAGACCCAAAAAGCUGCACCACACAGUUUAGUUCUUUGAAAUUUGUUAGUUUGUACUCAUGUCAUGAAAUUAUUCCAUUUUCUUCAAGUCAGAUAAUGAUUUGCUGUAUGCAAGGACCAUAACAAAGAAAACUCUUAAACUUGAUGUGGUGCAGUGACUGGUGUUAUCACAUGAGUUGGAAAGCAAGGUUAAAUGUUUUUUUGAGGAUGUACUGAGCUGCUAUAUACAAACCCAACAUGGACAGAGCCAUUCUCUUGUGUCCAGUGAUCAAGGGUAUGACUCGAGCUAUUCCACGACUUGACUUUGACCUUUAUCUUUUGUCAACAAUUUGAGUAUUCAAAUUAGAAUCUCCCUUUUUUGUAUGAUUCCAGGCUCAUGCAAAUUCCCUGACAGUAGGAGCACCUGUAGUUGAUGCAUUUAUAAAUUUGUUUACAGUGGAGCAAGUGGAGCAAGAACCAAGUUUGAAUUGCUUCUGGACACUGUUUUCCUGGAGUGAACACCAAGUGGCUACUAAUACUUUAUACAGAUAGUGGAUAGAUGAAGCCAAUAGAAUGUGUAGUAUGCAAGAAAUGUAUGUUAUGCUUUUUUAUGAUAUUUUUAUAUAUGUGUGUCACUGUUUGUUUUGUGGGAGAUGUUGCAGUUAUGUAUACAGUAUGCCGCACUGCAUGCUGCAGUGCAGUGGCGUGGGUUAUAUGUGUCCAGUCUCUGUCAUGUUACUCUGUUGUUACCUGGAAACCUAUGUUACCUGCAUCAGCUCUAUGUUAAUAUAUGAACCUAAAGAUAUAAUGUCAGAUGUGAUGUAAAAGGGGGGUGGUUUUAAAAUACUGAACACAAAAAUAAACAAUGUUAAAUAAAA